AUGGCCCAGACGCGAUACGUCGAUCGACCGAUUCCGCAGAUUUCCCUGGCGGACUUUGACGCCCGGAUUGACCAGAUUACGACGGAGUUAGUGUCUGCAGCAGAGAAUGUCGGAUUCUUCACCCUCAUCGACCACGGCAUCUCCAAAAAAGAUGUCGACGCCAUCUUCGCGACCUCCAAGAGUUUCUUCGACCUACCCGAUGCCACCAAAGCGACCGUCCCCUGGAACGCCAACAAUGUCGGCUGGGAAAAGAACUCACAGAUUCGCCCCUCAACCGGAAAGCCGGACAGCAAAGAGUCGUACCAGCUGCAGUUUGGCGACAACAUGAACGGGCUCUGGGUAACCGACGAACACCUGGCGGGUUUUCGCACGACCGCCCUGGACUUCAUGUACCGGGUGCAGCGCAUCUCAGAGAAUCUAAUGCGAUGUUUUGCGCGUGGGUUGGGCUUCCCCGAGACCUUCUUCAUCGACUGCCAUGAUGUGGCACGGCCGGACUCGCAAACCACCAUGCGGCUACUUCAUUACUUCGCGCUGCCGGAGGAAUCCGAUGGGAAGGUGUAUCAUCGCGCGGGGGCACAUGCGGAUUGGGAUUUUCUGACGCUACUCUUCCAGAAAGAGGGACAGAGCGGGCUGGAGAUCUGCCCGGGGCGCGAGGUGGUGACCGAGUUCGGGAUCGGGGACGAGUGGACCAAGGUCGAGGCGAAGACGGGGGAGAUCGUGUGCAACAUUGGAGACUUACUCAUGUCGUGGUCGGACGAUCGGUUCAAGUCGACGUUUCACCGCGUCAAGGCGCCGUGCGAGCCCGGGGAUUAUUUUGGGGAUCGGUACAGCAUUGCAUACUUCAACCAGCCCUGCAAAGAUGCCUUGAUCCAGGGCCCGCAGAAGAAGUACCCAAUGGUCACCGGGGCGCAGUUUACCGACAGUGCGAUGAAGAGAAACUUUGCCGCAUUGCAGGAAAAACUGAAAAUGCUCGCAGCGGCAUAG